AUGGAUGGGGACAAUCAAACAACAGUCACAGAAUUCAUCCUCCUGGGACUCACUGGACAGUCCGAGAAAGAAGAGAUUGUGUUUGGAAUGUUCUUGUGGAUGUACUUGGUCACCAUUUCUGGGAACCUUCUAAUCAUCCUGGCCAUCAGCUGUGACCCUCAUCUCCACACACCCAUGUACUUCUUCUUGGCCAACCUGUCCAGUGUUGACAUUAGUGCUCCAUCUGUCAUUGUCCCCAAGGCACUGGUGAAUCAUAUGCUGGGAAGCAAGUCCAUCUCUUACAUGGGGUGUAUGAUCCAGAUCUAUUUCUUCAUCACGUUCAGCAACAUGGAUGGCUUCCUCCUGAGUGUGAUGGCCUAUGACCGAUAUGUGGCCAUCUGUCACCCACUCCACUACACCAUGAUGAUGAGACCCAGACUCUGUGUCCUCCUGGUGGCCAUAUCAUGGGUCAUCACAAACCUGCAUGCUCUCUUGCACACUCUCCUCAUGGUUCGACUCACCUUCUGUUCCCACAAUGCAGUGCACCACUUCUUCUGUGACCCCUACCCUAUCAUGAAGCUCUCUUGUUCUGACACCUUUAUCAAUGACCUGAUGGUCUUCACCAUUGGUGGACUGGUAUUUCUGACUCCAUUUACAUGCAUUAUUGUUUCCUAUGCCUACAUCUUCUCUAAGGUUCUGAAGUUAAAAUCUGCCCAUGGAAUAAGGAAAGCCCUGUCUACAUGUGGGUCUCACCUCACUGUGGUCUCCCUCUUCUAUGGGGCGAUCCUGGGCAUCUAUAUGCAUCCUUCAUCUACAUACACAGUACAGGACACAGUGGCCACCGUCAUCUUCACAGUGGUAACACCCAUGGUCAAUCCCUUCAUCUAUAGCUUGAGGAAUCGUGACAUUAAAGGGGCUCUGAGGAAGAUAAUUCUCCGACCUUAG